ACAAAUUCUCCACAAUGCGGCGAUUCCUGCGCAGAGUGUAUGAGGAGACGUUUGUGAAGACGCGACCGCUGCCAAACCCAAGAUGGUAUGAGGAGCAGCAGAAGGAGCUGCAGAAGACGCGCAAACCCUUACUCACCCGCAUCAAGAUCGGAUGGAAAAUCUACCGUGACACAUGGACAAGCGCUGCGGAACGCAGACGUAAGCAACAGGAAGAGCUGAUCAAGGCCAUGCAGGAGCAGCGACAAGCGGUCAAGGACAUUCACAAAGAGUCGUCUGGCUUGAUGAAGGAUGCAAGUCCCGCACUCAAGGACUAUAUUCAAGACUGGGUGGCCGUGUAUCGCAUUGCCCUUCAGAAGUUUGCGCAGGGGUUCAAAGAUGGAAAGGCGUCGAGCGAAUGGGAUGCCGUGACAGACUGGGCGCAGUGGGAAGAGUCGCUCACAGGAACCCAGCACAAGCAACCAAGCACCAGCAACAACAAGAGUGGUGGCGUUGAGAGCAGGGCAGCAGCUGAUGCGCAGGCAACCACACAAGUGGAAUCAACAAGUGAGCACGUGGCGCGCUCGCAGCAGCAACAGCACCACCACCAGCAGCAGCAGCAAGAGGAGGGCAAGCCAAAGGCUGCCAAGGAAAGGCAAGACAGAUAGCGAAAGCGAGAACUGUCGUUUAUUGGAGUGGUUGUGGCUGUGAGGGGUGCUGGGCACUCGUAGCAAUGCUGGUCGUUGCAAUAGUAAACGCAUGAAUGAAC